AUGUAUUCUCUGUAUAGGUCUGUGAGCACUCAGAUGAGGACAUGCCCUUUGCUUUCUGUUCAACCCGUUCGUGGACUGUUGGAUGAGAAGUUUCAGAUUGUGGUAACAAAUUUACCACCAAAUCAAAAAGUGACACUACACUCUCUGCAUCAAUCAGAUGACAAGGACUUCUGGGAGGCAUUUGGACACUAUGUCAGUGAUGAACAUGGAUCAGUGGCAGGGUUCAAAGAUGAAAGUUUGGGAGGCACUUAUGAAGGCACAGAGCCAAUGGGGUUGCUUUGGAGCAUGAGGCCCAUACCAGGGAGUCGACAUGGACUCAGGUUACGUAAGAGGGACAUUUUCAGACCAAUGGAAGUUUGCAUUUCAGUAUACUGUGAGCAUCUAUCUCAAGGCUUCAGCCAGCAAACACCCUUGGCAACCAGUGUCACUGAGCGCUGGUACAUCGCACCAGGUGUGAAGAGGAUAAACAUCAUGGAGAAAGAAAUACAAGGAACUUUAUUCCUGCCUCCAGGCUCCGGGACAUACCCAGGAGUGCUGGACCUGUGGGGAGGAGGUGGUGGUUUGGUUGAGUACCGUUCUGCCCUGCUUGCAUCUCAUGGCUUUGCAUCCAUGGCACUUGAGUACACUCAAGACACUGAUGCUUCUUACUUUGAGAAAGCAUACCAGAUACUGAAUAAUCAUCCAAUGGUAAAGAAGGAUCAUUUGGCUGUUCUUGGGCUAAGUUUGGGAAGUGCCAUCACACUCAGUAUGACUUCCUACUCCAAAGUCAUUAAGCCCCAGUGUUGUGUGUGCAUAAGUGGAAGUCAUCUGAUGCCUGUUGAUAAAUCCCUCUCUGAUCUCUUUGAGCUGAUGAAAAACAAUGCAGAUAAGCUAUGUGUGAAUGAGAACAACCAGGUUAUCCUCAGAAAUCUGAUCCUAUCGCUUCCCAGUCAAAGUGCCAAAAUUGAUGUCGGGAGAAUAAAGUGUCCUCUUCUGUUGGUAAAUGGUGAUGAUGAUCAGGCUGUUCCUGUAGUGGAAUCUGCUGAAGACAUGGCGAAGAUGAUGAAGAAAGCAGGAAAUCGGCACUUGUUGGAAAUCCUAAUGUAUCCUGGUGCAGGGCAUCUCAUUGAACCUCCGUACUCACCUCACUUCCGUGCAACUAACUAUAAACUACAGUGGACAAAUGAGAGAAUUGUCAUGCUGUGGGGUGGACAAACCAAACCGCACGCAUAUGCACAAGAGGAUGCAUGGAAGAAGAUAUUAGCAUUUCUGUGGCAGCACCUGUCAGCACCCUGACUUCGUUUUAAUUGUCAUCCCAUUUAAAUCUCUGGUUUAUUUUUAAAUGAUGACAUUUGGAUUCUGGAAGUUCUGUUGACAGGAGAAAGGUUUAAUUUCAAAGUUUUGUUGAGAGAUACAUUAAAGAUUUUAUUUCAGAGUUUAGUUUCAGUGUAACUUCUUUCAAGUGAUGAAGGAA